UCUUGCUUGUUUCUUUAAUUUUUGCUAUCAAUCUCAUUCUUCAUUUGUUCUUUCCUACUCAAGGAAAAAAAAACAUGGAUAUAUCUGACGAUGAGAAUCAGUCCACUUGUGGAAAAUCAUUGGGUGGUGAGGCAGAAAUGGGAAACAACAAGUUUGACUUUGGAGUGGAGACAAGACACAACAGAAGAGCACUGAGAGUGAUUAAUCAGAAUUUGUUAGGACCUAAUCCAUAUCGUUGUGUUGUUAACAAGAGAGGAUUAUCACAUGCAAAUGGAAUCAUCUACGAUAAGAAUCCUACGAGGUUAGUCAGUAAAACUUCCAUUUCUAUGAAUUUUGUAUAUUUAAAUUUCAGCUCACUUGCCCAUUUGGNACCAAUUGCUAGCUCACACCAGCAUUACCCCGAGGUACAAAAUUUCGAUAUCAUGGAGUAA